AGUGGCUCUUCCUGCGAGCAAGCACUUCCAAAGCCGCGAAAAAAUGGUGCGAAGUGGUCCGGUCGGUACAAUUAUGCCCGUUAUCUUUGAACUUUGAACAUGAUGCGAAGGCAGACGAAGCAUUCAGCCAAGCUACUAGCAACCAAAGACAAUACUAGCUAGCUGCCACGCCGUCUAAAGAAGACGCCAUCCUCAUUCAUUCAACAAGCCAUGUGUUGUGCAGCUACCAGCACCACGGAGUCCGCGCUCCCACCAUCUGGCUCUGGCAUCAAUAUUCAGCCAACCUUUUGGAAAACAGAAAAGCACCGAUAUGAACCAUCCUUCUGGUUGAUAGCACGGGUUGCCGUCCUCUACAGUUUCUUCCAAAUAGUGGAGAAACUUGGCGUCUUUGUUUGGCCCAAGAUUCUGGAAUAUACAGUGACCCAUGGCUUUGAUGUACGCUCGAUUGCACUGCCGACACUGGCCACUAUGGGGAUUGGUGUCUUCUUUCUCUACAGCUUUGGGUUUUAUGGCUUUAUCUACGUAUUCCUAGACAAGACACCGUUUUUCCAGAGAUAUCGGGUUCACAAGGGAGACUGGCCCUGGAAGGUUGAUCCCAAGCGAUGGAAUGCCUUGCUCUGGACCACGACCAUUCAAGUGGUUUUCAACUUUGCUCUCUAUAUUCCGCAAAUGUUAAUGAUUAAAUUUGUACUGGGUACACCGUGUCCCUGGCGAGUGGACGUUGAGACCUUGCCUAGUGCCGGAGAAAUGUUUUGGCAGACCGUUUUCUUCUUGUUCAUGGAAGAUUUGAUUGUUUACCAUACGCACAAGGUGAUGCAUUCAAAACGAUUCUACUGGAUGCAUAAGAGACACCACAGCUUUAAACAUUGCUUUGGGGUGUGCACUGCAUACUCACAUCCCUUUGAUGAUUUGGUUGAAAGUGCGGGGCCGGCAAUAGUUGGUCCUUUGAUUUUGUGGGACCGCAUGCACGUGUGGACUCUGUUUGUUUGGUUGGUAGUGGGGAUCAAUUGCACUACUGAGACUCAUUCUGGAUACGAGCUGCCUUGGUCCAUGUAUCAAUUGAUACCAUUCAUGUGCACUACGGAUUUUCACGAGUUUCAUCACCGCUUUCCCACCAAAGGAAACUACUCCUCGACUCUCAUGUUUUGGGACGAAGUCCAUGGAACAAACAAAGAAUACUAUGCGUGGGUUCAGGCAGGAAGGCCCUUCCCAAGCGACAAAGAAGAGAAAACCAAGGAUGAAUAACUGAGGUGAUAGCUACAGAAGCUAGGAGGACCUUAGGAGGAGAAACGGUUCUACCUGACCAAUGUUUUCCAAGCUCCAAAUCAAUGGAGUUCGUGUAAACAUCAGGUCAGAGGAGAUGAUUACAGGCAGGAAAAUCGAGCAAUUUUCCCUACUAGCAUGUUGACUGCUUGCUUUUCUGAAAGUUAGACAAGGGUUCUAGAUCUUCGCUAAGUUGGACUGUCUAAGUUUAUAGUUCUUCAAACAGACGACUCCAGUCUGCUUUCAUUUCAGGCCUUGUAACAGCGACA